AUGUCUCAAAAAGCUCUGCUCGUGACUGGCAUCGGCGACCCUCUAGUCCUUGGGGAUAGACCGAUCCCCGUCCCGGCGCCAUAUGAGCUGCUUGUCGAGGUCACGUCCGCGGGCUUAAAUCCACAUGAUCAAAAAGCUCGUGAUAAGGAGCACCUUUUCACGGGUCAGCCGCUUGUUUUGGCGCACGACGUGGUCGGGAAGAUAAUUCAGACCGGAUCGUGCCAGGCUACGACCUUUACUACUGGCGAUCAUGUGUUUGGCAUGUCUACGUUCAAUCCAAACCUUGUCAACGACUCUGGGGGUCUACAACAGUAUGCUGUGCUCGAUGGCAGAUAUGUUGCCAAGGUCACUGAUGCAGGAUUGACUGACGACGAGGCCGCGACAAUACCGGUGAACUCCGUUGUUGCAGCAGUCGCUGUCUUUGAUGCUUCAGGUCUUGGCAUUCCAGCGCCUUUUUCGGCAGCCGCAGGCUCUUUCGACUACGCCUCACAAUCGUUGGUUGUCAUUGGAGGUGCUUCAAAUUGUGGGCGCUUUGUCAUUCAGUUGGCCAAGUUCGUGGGCAUAGGCCGUAUUGUCGCUGUGGCUGCGGCGAGCAAUACUAAUGAACUCAAAUCACUUGGCGCAUCACACGUCGUUGACCGACAUGCAAGCGAUGUGGUACAACGCGUUCGAAAGAUCGUGGGCGACGAUCUUGUGUAUGCCGUCGAUACGGUGAACUACGGUCCACACCAGGCACUGGGAGUCGCAGUGUUGUCCAACACCAAGAAAGGUGUGCUCGCCGUUUUGCUUCCCACAAACGGAGACCUUGACGAGCAUGUGAAGAGUUCUAAGAAGAUGGGAUUCGAAAGACACUUCGUUUAUGGUGGCAGCAAUAACUAUCCGGAUCUGAUGAAGCAGUACUGGAAACACCUCCCGGUGUGGAUUCGAAAUGGCCAUGUGAAGCCAGCGUCAUCUAGCGUCAUCUAUGGCCUGGACCCCAACCAGGUCAACGAAUGUCUGGACAAAUAUCGAGAUGGAACAGCCACCGUCAGGGUUGUCGUGCGCCCCAACGUCUGA